AUGGCUAAUGGUUCUGUUCUGCCGGCCCCAAGGUACUAUUUAGAAUCGCAUGGGAAUUAUUUAAGCAUAGUGAACGUAGAAAAUAAUGUGCGAAACAUUUUAAAAAUUAGCCAUGCUGAAGAUUUACAAAUAGUCAAGGAGAAGCAAAAACUUACAAGCAUUAGUGACAAUAGCUACACAGAAAAUGAGAACAAAAAAAAGUUCCCCUUUUUUGGCUGCUUAGGAAUAGUUAAGGCGGAACAUACGAACUUCUUAGUCAUAGUUUCCGAUGCAGAAGUCGUUUCUUAUUUGUUCAAUCGAGCUAUUUAUAGAGUAAAGAAAAUUUCCUUUAUCCAGCUGAACGCUGAAGAGGAAGGUAAGGACAAGACGGCUAGCUAUCACAAUUACCAGUAUGAAAUAUGCUGCCUCGGAAGCAACGCUUUUUUAACCCCCUUAAAUAGUAACCACAGAAAGGAAGGCAAAAAAUUCUUCUGUAACAAAAAGAAAAAGACUCAAAAUCAUUUCGACAACUUGUUCGAAUGGAGCAAUUUCCUUUUCCAGAACCCCACCGUCAAGAAUACCCAAUUUCGCAAUAAUAGCGAAACGUACAUUCACAAACUUAAGAAUUGCACAUUGAAAAAAGAUACAUUAAAAACGAUAGCGUAUUUUUCGCAUGCCUUUAAUAAGGGCCCCUUUUACUUCUCCUAUCACUACAAUUUAACGGCGUCUCUGCAGAGGCAUUACAUAACUGAGUCUGAAAGGGAGAAAAACAGAGGGAAAUCACCACCCCCAUCAGUAAUAGGUGGUGGACCAGACAUUUAUCCGGAUGACUGUAAAUAUCAGGGGACAAAAGAACCCAUUUUCCACAAGCUACAAUUCAAAGAAAUUAAUAACGAGUACACAUGGAACUGGAAGUUGCUACACCAGUUUAUUCCCAUAGAUGCAUUCGAGUUCGUGGUGUUCCUAAUUCAUGGCUACAUCAAUUCAAAUGUGUUCCAUGUCCCUAAUGGAAAAUUAACAUUGUAUUUGAUAUCGAGAAAAAAUAAAAACAGAAGUGGGGUAAGGUUUUGGUGUAGAGGCGGAAAUGACAAGGGAGAUGUAGCCAAUUUUGUUGAAACAGAACAAAUUUUAGUAUGUAAAGAUGCGCACACGACAAAGAUUUUUAGUUACAUCAUUGUCAGGGGAUCCAUCCCUGUCCUCUGGAAACAAGAGCCAACGCUGAGUCUAAGGCCAAAAAUACAAAUCUGCUCAGACAUGCAAGAAAAUGCGAAAACGGUGAAUCUACAUAUGCAGAAAUUGAAGAACACGUAUGGGAAAAUCUCCAUCACUAAUUUGAAUAAUAAACAAUUUGGCGAGAAGUAUUUAGGGCAGUGUUAUGGGGCAUGUUUGAAGGAGUGCAGCGUCGAGCACAACUACACCUGGUUUGAUUUCCAUAGCGAGUUUAAAAAAUUAAAUUAUCAAAAUUUGCACACGUCGCUGAAAACGGUGAUCGAGGACUUGAACGAUUUUUCCUUUUUCUCCGUUUCGUUUCCCAGCGGGGUUAGGUACAAUUUGGAGCACGGCGAUGAAGUUGGCGGGGAAAAAUUUUCGUCCACUUCUCCAACUUCCCGCUUCCCCUCGUGGACCUCCGCAAAAGUGGAUACUUUCCAAAAGGGCGUCUUUCGAGUCAACUGCGUCGACUGCCUAGACCGAACGAACGUCUUCCAGAGCUUCCUGGCAAAGUACGUCCUACACAUGCAACUGCGCACCAUGCAUAUCAAGCUAGAGCAGGAAAACAAGUUCCCCUUUUACCUUUUUAAGAACACGCAUGACGAACUGUUGUAUCGCCAAACUUGGAUUCACAAUGCAAACGCGAUUAGCAUAAUAUACAGCGGCGCAGGAGCGCUAAAAAAUGACAUAACGAAAAAUGGGAAGAGAACCAUUGGGGGGCUGCUGCAAGACCUGUUCCACAUUGUGCAGAGAUACAUAAAUAACAAUUUCCUAGACGGUUACAAUAAUGACUGUAUUCAUUUAGCCAUCAGUGAAAAUUUGAAAUAUCAAAAUGUUUUUAAUGUCCACAAGGGUAAGUACAACCAAAUGAUGAAUGUAAUUUUGGAGUUCAUCUUCUUUGCCAGAUUUUCCUUUUUUCUAUCGUGCCUUAUUUGCCAAUACGUCUUAAAACCUUUGAACAACUCCUACGCAGAAUGUUAA